AUGUAUUUGGCUCGAACUAAAUUUGGGAUAUUUAGUUGUAAACAUAAUUUUGUUAAGUUUUAUUCUAUUGCUACAUUUGGUGAAAGAACAAGGUAUGUCAAGAUCAAGCCAGUCUCUGAUUUGAAGUUGGGUUCAAAUCCAGAUUACAUAUCAUCACCAAGUUCAAAGUUGCAAUCCUUAAUAUGGCAUAAUCCUUUAAGAAAUAUUCUAAUUACUAAGAAACCGUGGUCAACAACUACCACCGAUGCUAUGGUCAAAUUUAUUUCACAUUUGCAUGAUUCUUAUCCUGAAAUUAAUGUGAUUGUACAACCAGAUGUAGUUGAUGAAAUUUCAAAAGAAUUUACUAUGAGUCCCGUCCAAACUCCAAAUGAACCACAUGUUUUAUUCACGGGUCCUGAAGCUGAUAUAGUUUCGAGAACUGAACUAGUCGUUACAUUAGGGGGUGAUGGUACGAUUUUGCAUGCGGUUUCAAAUUUUAACAAUAGACAAGUACCUCCAGUAUUAGCCUUUUCGUUAGGUACUUUAGGUUUUUUGUUACCAUUUGAUUUUCAAGAACAUAAAAAGGUUUUUGAUGAAGUCAUAAGUUCAAGAGCUAAAUGCCUUCAUAGAACAAGAUUAGAGUGCCAUGUAGUACGAAAAGGUGAGAAGGCGGAAGAUGCGAGAGCUUCUUCAAUUCAUGCAAUGAAUGAUAUUUUCUUACAUCGAGGUAGCGCGCCUCAUUUAGCUUACCUUGAUGUUUUCAUCGACGGUAAAUACUUGACACGGACUACUGCUGAUGGUGUAGCUUUAUCAACUCCAACUGGUUCGACAGCAUAUUCUUUAUCAGCUGGUGGAUCAAUUGUAUCACCAUUAGUACCAUGUAUACUAUUAACUCCAAUCUGCCCUCGUUCACUUUCAUUUAGACCUUUAAUUUUACCUCAGUCGUCACAUAUUAAAAUUCAAGUUGGAGCAAAAUCUCAAUUUGAUCCAAAUGAUCAUGAAAUCAACUUGUCCGUUGAUGGUGUCCCUAAAGAAACAUUAAAGGUCGGUGAUGAAAUCCAUGUCAUUAAUGAAGUUGGGACUAUUUAUGUAAAUGGAUCAGAGUUGCCAGCUUCUUGUUCUUCUGGUAAGUUCAAGAAGAAGCCGGGAGUUAAGAAUUCAGGAAUAUAUUGUGUUGCUAAAACUGAAAAUGAUUGGGCGCAAGGCAUUAAUGAACUUUUGGGAUUUAAUUCUAGCUUUAGGUUCUCUCAUAUACGGAAUAAAAUUGAUGAUACUAAUACAUGA